AUGAAGAGGGGGCCGGGCUCAGACGACAAAGCAGCCUGUCGUUCCAUAGAAAAUGAUCUCAUGGAAUGCUGGCGAUCCAAUAGUAGGCUCAGGUCUCGUUGUGAUUCGCGAAAACAGGACUUUUCGACUUUCACACUCCCGAGGGCCUCACACAUUAGGGGCCUGUAUAUUUUGUUUCGGGCGCGGUUCGUUACCACUCGAUCCACGCAUGGCCCGCUGACAGGUCACCCACGAUACGAGUCUAUCAAUACGGAACCAAAUCGCUUUGCUAACAAGCAGAGGACUGCAGUUGUAGCUUGUAGCCAGUGGCUGGGGGGCGACUGGGAGAUAUUGGAGGCGUGGAAUGCGAUCUGGGAUCGGCAAGCCUUCUUUCAACGUUCAAUGGCGUGUCUGCACAGCCCUGCGCCAGCUGUUUUCCGGGGAUUGAAAGUCAAAUCGAUGAUGACCUUGAUGACAAAAGAAUAUCCUCAUUCCUGCGCGGCGAAGAUAAGCAUCUGGCCCCCGCGAAAAUUGUGGCCUUACAACAUGACCACCGAGUUACGAGACAACUCGUGCCGCCCACUCGCAACGAAAGCGGGCAGGCGAAUUAACAGACCUAGAUAUGCGGCUCGGAAGGCUCCGGGGUUGAACGUCGAAAUCCGCAAGACCCGGAAGCAAAAGGUUAUGGCGUGGUUGUUGCCGGCGGCCAGGGCAAUCCGAUGA